UGCUGGUAUUUAAACACAUCAUCAUCGAUUGGGUGCUGAAGUGGACAGCUCCCCGCGCGGACAAAACCCGCGCAACAAACGCACCGCCAUGGCUCGUUGUGGCAGCUCGUUCCCUUCCAGACACUGAGUGGAGGUCAGCGUCAACAUCCAACUCUUUCCACACCAACUAUGGGCUCUGUUUAAAGGGACGGAGAGGAGCAGGCGCCGCGGAUGUUGGGGCCACCUGUAGCGAACAGGAGCGGAGCCUGUCGCGUUUUUGCGCCUCCGUCCUGCAGGAGACCGGCUGGAGGCUCCGGGGAGGUCUGAGCUCGUGUCCGUGGGGAAGCUUAAAGAGGCGGCGGCGCGCGCUGCCGUGGAAACUAAACUGAGCGCAAGAUUCUUCUGCGUCUUGCUGCCAUCUCUCCGAACCAACCAUGGGGAAAGAGGAGUGCAAAACAAUGCUGGACGCGUUGAACAAAGUCACAGCCUGCUACAGGCACCUGGUCAUCGCCCUCGGAAGUACGUCGGACUCCCAGAACCUGCGAGAGGAGCUGAAGAAGACCCGCAAAAAGGCCCAGGAGCUGGCGGUGGCCAACAGGACUAAACUGACCUCCCUGCUCAAAGACAAAAGCAUCAGCAAGGAGGACCGCGCCGAGUACGAGCGCCUCUGGGUGCUGUUCUCCAGCAGCAUGGAGCUCCUGGAGGUGGACAUGAAGAGGUCCCUGGAGAUCGGGCAGGACUUCCCCCUCAAGGUGCCCACCAGGCAUCUCAUCCAGACGGGCAUGACGGGCAGCACCAACGCAGUGGCCGCCCGGGCCAUGAGCGUCCAGAACAUGAAGUAUGAGGCCGACAGCAACAUCGACACGGUGGACCUGGGCGAGCUGCAGACCGAGAUCACGCAGGUGAGCCAGAUGGUGGAGGAGAUGGAGAUGAAGGUGCAGGUGGCGCCGUGGGCCGUCGUGGCAAAGCAGGAGGCGGGCGCCGAGCUCAAGUCCAGCAUGAGCGUGGGGAACUCCUCCGUGGGCGUCAUCUCCAUCUGCGAGGAGGAGCCCAAGGAUGAUGAGGACGGAGGUGGGGGCUCCAGGGAGGGGAGCUCGGGGUCGAUCGGCGCGGUGGUGGUGUUUGUGAUCAUCGUGGCAGUCGCCUUGGUGCUGGGAUAUUUAGUCAUCAACAUGUCGUGAAUCAUGUGGAGCAGCAGGGUCCAGCCCUCCCUCAUGGAGACACCGCCUGGACAGAGUCCAGCUCCACCAGUGACACCCAGAGAGGUCUCAAACUGGCUGUCAAAGUUAAACGUCAACUCUCUCGGGGUUCCUGAAUGUAUUUCUUGGAGAUGAGGAUUUGCACUUGAUCUAUAGCCUCUAGAGCAACAUAGUGUGAUUGGCAGAGUAGGUGUUUUGAAGUGGGGGAUAGGUCGUGUAUUUUUGGAGGAGCAGGAUAAAAAUAAAAAAAAGUCCUAAAAUUAUGUGACAGCGUCUGGGCAUCAGGAUGAUCCAAACAACACGUAAUCCAAGUGGAUUAGUGGGAAAAGCUCAAGCAUAAAUGUAGCCGACAGCCGGUCGGCUAUUCCUGUUGGCGUUCAGCAGAACUGAGGCUUUAGAGGCCACGGCUUCAACCCAGAGACAUCAGGUGUUCAAACAGGCAGGCGAUCAUGCAGUCUGAGAAUUAGGUUCGUGUAGGGCUCACUUGAUUCGUACCUCAUUGGUUGGAUGGUCAGAUCUGCAGCAGCACACGUUCAACG